AUUGCCAGGGCGUUGACAAGGCGUUGUUGUCGUUUCAUAAACAUAUUUUACAUCUUGUAAAUAACAAAUUUAUUUAUGAAAAAUGGUUGUCUUAAGCUCCUGCUGGUCACCAAUAAUUUGGUCUACUAAUGUGCGCACAGGCAGCUAUGCAGUUGCCGCCUACACGGCAGCUCUAAGUGUCGUUUUUAUCACACUUAUUUCCUACAUGCUCGCUGGCGGAGAAUCUGGACAACUUUAUUCACCUCUAUUUGAAACGGACAUAAGGACAUCAAUGCCAAUAGCUGGGGGUUUUUUUAUAAUAUACUUUCUGCUGAUUAUAAUAUCAUCCUAUCUUGUGUAUUAUGGCAUUAAAAUAAGUACGCGUGGUUGGCUGUUGCCCUGGCUAUUUUUCAUUGGACUUGCAAUUCUAUUUCAAUUCGCUUGGAGCCUUUGGUUAAUUGGAGGUUACUACAUAUAUUUGGAGCAAACAUUCUCAGCGCUUCUUAACUUCGUUUGGGUCGCCUAUAAUUUAUAUUGCUGGCUCGUGGUUUUCUCGCAAUACCAAAUAUUUUUGGAGAUACAGAAUCCAAAUAUCGAACUAUUGAUGCCUUAAGAACGAGUCUAAAUUCGAAAUGCCAAUCGAAUAUUUAAAAAUUUAAAUGAAUCUUCAUUCUAAGUUUUAUUUAUAAGUAUAAAUGACCAUACAAACACUCCGUCCAUAGUCUACAUAUCAAUAACGCUGUAUUCCAUUUUAAAAGUGUCUUAUAUACAUAUACAUACAUAUUCAAUUUACACAUAUGUAUU